GGCAUUUUCUUUGACAGUUACUCGGGCAUAGUAAACGAAAGAAAGUGGUACUAAUAAAAACGCGUUCAUAAAAAUCGUUCCGCGUGUUAAAAGUAACGUAAAAGUGUUGCGGCCCACACACACCUAAAACGUCAUAGUAUUAUCCAAUCAGUCAUGGCGAAAGCUCAAUCAGACGAUAAAAUCGACAUGGCCGACAUUAUGGAACUGAUACAGAUGAGCAUGGGCUCGAUAAAAAAGAUCGACCCGUAUGUUAAAGAGGUCCAAUCGGCUGCCACGCAAGUCGCCUUGUACAAAUUCAACGUCACCUUAAACGAAUGGGAGAGGUGCGACACGGAAGGCGCGAUGUUUGUUUACAGCCGGUACGGCGAACCGUACCACAGCAUCAUGAUCAUGAACAGAAUGAACUCGGUAAACGUGCUGGAGCCUAUUGUCAAGGAUUUUGAGUACCAGAUGCAAAUACCGUUCUUGCUCUACAAAAAUUCAAAAAAAGAGAUUUAUGGUGUGUGGUUUUUCAACAGGCAGGAGUGUAUCACAGCCACGUAUCGGAUUGAGAAAAUCAUGGAGAAACUGAGGGGGAAGACUGGAGAAACCUCGAGCACUAAAAAGGAGAAUGGUGUGGAUAUUUUCAGCAUGCUGACAAAGGCCCAGGAAGACUUCAACAAGACACCGACGAAACAGACCUCAGUUCCCUCGUUCUCGUCGACGCCCCGCGUUCCGGAUGUCACAUCGAAAAGCGUGAUGGACUUCUUCGCGAAGGCCAGCACGAAAUCGAACGGUUCGGGACCGGUCGCCACCAAACAGAACGUCCUCCAACGUCUCAUGUCGAACCCCGCACACAGCGUCGAGCACAUCGAGAAGCAGCAACGGUCGGUGACGCCGCAGGACCAGCCCAACCUGCGACAGGAGCCGUUCCCCGCGGACCGGAGGAGCGUGCCGAUCUCGUUUCCGGGGGACAAGAAACUGGAAGAUAGUCUGAGGGUGGAGGACGCGUCCGUCAUACAGCCGAGCGUGUCGCCGUUGAUGAGUCUGAUACAAAACGCGUCGUCCGUGUCCGACGACACCGACAAGUCGUUCGACAAGUUACAGAAGCCGCAACUGAUGACGCCGAUGAUGUUCCAAACAGCCACGAAGGACUCGACGGAAGGGGCCAGCAGUCUGGUGGACGACAGACAGGACCACGUGGACCUGUUGACGGAAAAUCAACUCGCCCAGGCGUUGAUCUACUUGCUGAAGCACGAUUCGAAUUUCACGAAACAGAUCCACGAGGCGUACGUCAGUUCGCUGAUGGAGAGUCUAAAGUUGAGCAACAAGACAAAGAUUUAAUUUUCUUGCUGGCGCGUUUGUUAUCUCACGGGGUUCGCUUAUUGAAUUCCGGGCGUUCCCGCAAGGAUUUUGAAUGUGAUAUGUUUACAAUUAAGUGACCUAAAUCUUUAGAGUAAUUUGACCUGGUGGUCUAUUAAAUGUAUGUUACUGUAGGAUUUCAAUAUCAAAUUUCUUGUCUUGUCUUUUUUCCUUUAUACAUUGUAAAAAGAUGAGGAAUGUUGAUUCGAUUGUAUAUACAUACUACUGUUGAACUUUUUUCUCAAAUGGUACAGUACAGGCAGCUGUACGUAUUUAUAUAUUUAUUACAAAAAUUGACAAUAGUCUCCAAGCUAUUUAAUAAGGUAUUACAUUGACUGAAGUGAGAAAAUUAUGUUUUUUUAAGUGUACCAGCACAAGGUAUUCUGUAGAUUUUAUUUUUGUACAUAUUUUUGUGUCAGUCAUGUAUAAAAUUGUGAUGUAAGUUAUCAAUUAACAUCUACAAUUGACGUUAAUCUUAAAUAUGCUACAAAUAUAAUGCUAUACAAUGUAUACACACAAUGCUGUAAUAAGGUAGAACCUGUUAUACACAUUAUUUUUGAUAUCAUAAUUUAGAAGCCCAAAAAUGUUGUCAACUCUUGUCUCAAUUAAUUGAAUUUUUGAAUUUGCGCAAACAAAAGAACACAAUUGUAUUGUGACAAUUUAAUAUAAUUGUGGUCUUUGUGUACUAAUUUUAUCAAUUUUACUUAUAAUGUUUUUAUUUAUUUGAAAAAGACAGUAAAGCUCAUAGUGAUAUUUUUA